CUAGGCCAUAUUAUUGUGGUUUCAAAUUUUUUUGAUUGGUUGCACUGGUUGGUAUUGAAAUGAGUAGUAAUUGUCAAGUGGUUGGUACGUCUCCCUUGUAUGAAAUAAAAAAGAAAAAGGAAAGUACUAGUGAUUUAUUUUCAGUAAAACGUUAAAGUAUUGUGAAUUUUCAAUUUGUUUUAUUGGGUAAAGUAAAGUUGUUGUCUAAAGAUAAUAAAAUUUUGAUGUGAAGAUAUGUGGUGCACAUUCCUGCGAACCUAGCAAUGGACGCAGCAGCUCCUCUACUAUGCGCAGGAAUAACAGUGUUCAGUCCCUUGAAGGACCACGGUUUGGUAGAAACUCCGGGGAAAAAGAUUGGUGUGGUUGGUUUGGGUGGGCUUGGACACAUAGCUGUUAAAUUUGGCAAGGCUUUUGGCCACCAUGUUACUGUCAUAAGCACUUCUCCCUCCAAAGAAGCUGAAGCUAAGGACCGUUUGGGUGCUGAUGAUUUCAUAGUCAGCUCCAACCCCAAACAAUUACAGGCUGCAAAAAGAAGCCUAGAUUUCAUAUUGGACACUGUAUCAGCAGAGCACGCUCUCUUGCCCAUCAUGGAAAUGCUAAAAGUAAAUGGGACCUUAUUCAUUGUGGGUGCACCGGACAAGCCAUUCCAAUUACCAGCUUUCCCAUUGAUAUUUGGGAAGAGAUCAGUGAAGGGUGGGAUCAUAGGGGGAAUGAAAGAGACGCAGGAAAUGAUGGAGGUUUGCGGGAAAUACAAUAUAACGAGUGACAUUGAGUUGAUCACACCUGACAGAAUCAACGAGGCUUUGGAGCGUCUUGCUAAAAACGAUGUACGCUACCGUUUUGUCAUUGACAUUGCAGCCACUUCCAACAACUAGGCUUCUGAGUUCAGAUUUGUUGUAUUCAUUCAGUACUAGUUGUUUCAGCAUUUACUUUUCGCCACAAAACCCAGUUAGUACCUAGUUUAGUAUAGGAUAAAUCUAUUAUUAAUGCACUUUUCAUUUCAGUGAAAAAUCUUCUCACUUCUCACUUCUCCUUAGUCCUUGCUAGCAAGACUCAAUGUAUUUAUUACAUUACAGAGGAUCGUUAGUAACGUACUAUUUAUCAUA